CAUUGUACUCGGAGAUGGAGUUUAAGUGCCAGACUGGACGGACGCGCGACCUCACUCAACACUGUGCACGAGACAUUCAUUAUGGCGGUAGUAUAUUUCGACUGGCUGGAUUACCUUGUCUUUGGAGCAAUGCUACUCUUAUCUGCACUCAUAGGAGUUUACUUCGCAUUCUUCGCGACGAAGAAACAGAAUACAACCGCUGAAUACCUUAUGGGCGGGAAGACAAUGGGCAUGUUCCCUAUAUCGAUGUCACUGAUCGCCAGUUAUAUUUCGGGCAUAUCGUUGCUUGGUUUGCCAGCAGAAAUGUAUACUUAUGGCACACAACUGUGGACUAUAGUACUGUCAGAGUGGGCAGUCUCUCUAACAAUUGCCAUUGUUUACUUACCAGUAUUUUAUAACUUACAAAUUACUUCGACAUACGAGUACUUGCGACUCAGAUUUAACCAAAACGUACGACUUCUAGGAUCCAUCAUUUUUAUCAUAAAAAUGAUGCUAUACAUACCUAUAGUGAUUUAUGUGCCUGCGUUAGCUUUCAGUCAAGUAACUGGUAUCAAUCUACAUUUAAUUACUCCCAUCGUCUGUAUUGUGUGCAUUUUCUAUACAACAUUAGGUGGCCUUAAAGCUGUGGUAUGGACAGAUACCCUGCAAACUGUACUAAUGUAUUUUGGGGUGAUUUUUGUUUUGGUCUAUGGAACAUGGAGACUCGGUGGAGUAGCUGACGUUAUUGCCAUAAACAAAAAAGGAGACCGUCUCGACUUUUUCAAUAUGGAUCCUGAUCCUACUAUACGACACACAUUCUGGUCAACAGUAUUUGGAAAUUACUUUAGUUGGCUAGCAUCAUGUUCAGUUAACCAAGCUAUGGUGCAACGAUGCCUGGCAUUAUCAUCUUUGAAAAGAGCCAGAAUAACAAUCUUUAUAAUGGCAGCUGGUAUCUUCAUCAUAGUUUCAUUAUGUUGUUACACUGGCCUGGUCAUCUACGCUACGUUUGCUGACUGCGAUCCUCUUACGACUAAAGCAAUCAGAAAAAGUGAUCAAUUAUUACCUUACUUCGUGAUGACCAUAACCGGCUCCAUACCAGCGCUGCCAGGCAUAUUCAUGAGUGGAGUUUUUAGCGCCGCACUGAGUUCCAUGUCUACCGGACUGAACUCAAUGUGUGGUGUAAUAUUCGAAGACCUUAUCAGACCAGCAUAUAACAAACCAAUUUCAGAAAGGACAGCAAGUUUCAUUAUGAAAAUUAUCGUCGUUAUUAUUGGCGCUACUUGUGUAGCUUUAGUAUUUUUAGUGGAACAUAUGGGAGCCCUUAUUCAGGCUGGUAAAAGCUUAGCAGGUAUUACGGCUGGAAGUCUCCUGGGUUUAUUUUCUAUGGGCCUUUUUCUUCCUUGGACCAAUGCAACGGGUGCACUGGUUGGUGGAAUCACGUCAACAUUUCUUGUUGGUUGGAUUUCCCUGGGAACACAAGCUGCUAUGAUUCGCGGUGACAUUGUGGUUGUACCAAAGCCUGUAUCCGUUUCUAGCUGCAUGGAAAAUGUCACUGAAAUAACUACUUCUAUACCAUCACUAAAUCUAAGCAGUGUGGAGUUUGAUCGGUCCGGCACAUUCUUCUUGUAUCGACUGAGUUAUCUGUAUUACACAUUCGUUGGAAUGAUUGUGUGCAUUAUCGUUGGAACAGUAGUUUCAUAUUUUACUCAACCCAACGAUCCUGCUAUGGUUCACAGAGACCUUUUAACACCGGUGAUACAUCAUUGGCUUCCAAGACAGCAUCCUCAUUGUCGCAGGCCUCGAUUGACUCAGCACGAUAUUGAACUACACGCGCGUGAACUGAGCCAGUUGCAUACAAGUACACCCUACACAAAAGUGCAUACUAAGCUGGAAGACACUCGAAUGACUUGAAAUAGUAGUAAUAAUAAUUAUAAAUAAAUUAUCUACACACAAAUACUUAUUUCAUAGGCUGCAAUUAUCAUUAUUAUAUAAUAUAGUAUUAUAAAGAGUGAUUUAAAAUGUAUUUUAUUGUAAUAAUACGAAUAUAUAAUAAUAAUAAUUUAUUUGCAUUAAUAUGGUUGAAAUAGAUCUUAAUUAGUGUUAUAGAAUCACAUAUUUACCACAUUGUUUUAAUGGCGUGUUAUUUACUUGAAUACAUUUCAGAUAAUUUCAGACCUUACAAUAUUAAUAUUUAUUCUCUGCAGUUUAUAAAUUCGAAGAAAACAAAACAUUUUUUAUUCAU